AUGGCGGACACGGCCACCCAGUCCCCGCCAGUCGCUGAAUCGACGACGAAUACAAAGCUCGCCGGGCGCGGCGCAAAGAUCAUUAUUUCCCCAUCCUCUGUCGCCAUGUCUCCCAACCCAACUGCGAGUCGUUUACGUAGCCAGCUGGGCCUUGCUUCGUCCAGCCCUGUCAACCAAAACGGCAGCUUCGAAUUUGAUCGAGUCAUCAAGACCGGCUAUGUUCAGAAGCGCACACAGAAGACCAAGACCUGGAAAACGGUGUACCUGGUGCUGCGCCCAAAUGCACUCUCCAUCUACAAGUCAGACAAGGAAAGCAAGCUGCGACAUAAGAUCUAUCUGUCCGAAUUGUCCGCCGUGGCUCUCCUGAAAGAUCCGAAACAGAGGCGCCACAACUUGUUCGGCCUUUUCUCUCCCGCGAAGAAUUUCCACUUUCAGGCACCGAGCGCCAGCGACGCCCAGGAAUGGCUGGAUUUGAUCAGGCAAGAUGCGAGAAUAGAGGAAGAGGAGGAGGAAAUGUUCUUGGCCAGCCCCGUCGCCCGACGGCAGUCAUAUGCGCCUCUGAAGGUCCUCGCUAAUACGUCUGGCGUCUUGGACAAUACGCUUCUAGACAACCAACGCAUCUCGAGCUCGCCGGAGCCCAUCGACGCGAAUGCAUCAAGCGUCGCGCCGUCCUCGGUGAGGAGACCAUCACACAACCUGGAUUAUUCGGGUAUUUCGGGAAAUGAGCUUGGGUCGCAUUCCGAUUUCUCAGACAAUGAGGUCCAACGCGUGGGUGCCUCUAUGGAAAACCUCGCCGUUCGAUCUCCAGGUACAUCUGCCUCUCAGCCUGGAACCGACCCCAACUCUCGCCCAGCAAUUGGUGAGAGGAAUACCAGCCAGCUCAGCGGCCUCAACAUCGAACAAGACCCCGACCGUGUCGUGUGGCAAGGCUGGCUCAUGUUCCUGAAAAGUAAGCGCGGCGUUCGACAGUGGAAGCAUUCUUGGGCCGUCCUUCGUCCGCGGAACCUGAUCCUCUACAAGGACGAAUCCGAAUAUUCAGCGUCUUUCAUCAUGGCGCUUGCUGCCAUUGUGAAUGUGGUGGACAUCGAUCCGGUCAGUAAGACAAAGCUUCACUGCAUGCAGAUCAUCACCGACGAAAGGAGCUAUCGGUUCUGCGCCCACGACGAAGAAAACCUGUUGCAGUGUUUGGGUGCCUUCAAGAGCCUGCUUUCGAAACGGAAGGAUCUCGAGGCUCGCCAGAAAGCUGCCGUUGCACCACGCUGA